ACAGAUACAUGCCAUAUUAUUUAAAUAAUUGGUAGCAAACAAAGUAAUUUUAAACUAUUAGCUUAAAUAGUUUACCAUUUGUACACAAAUCGUGAUAAUAUUUUUUUUCGAAAAGCCACCUAUCAAAGUUUCAUCCCUACGAUAAUGUGGUAUCAUCAACAAGUGACCUUCCAAGAGAUCAGAAGUUAUGGCGUCUGCUCUGUGUUUACGGUUGUCAUCUACGUUUGCAGGUGGUUUAUCGGCCAGGUGCUUGCUGAAUUCGAGAGUCCAAAGGACACAGUUCUUACACAUGGGGCGGACAGCCUUUGGAGCUCACGAUGCUGCGUUUGAGGCAGCCAAGGAGAGGCUAAACACACUCAAGGAAGAACCAGACAAUAAUGUCAAGCUGCAGAUCUAUGCUCUGUUCAAACAGGCUACCAAAGGACCGUGUAACACCCCCAAACCUGGAGCUUUUGACUUUGUGGGACGUGCCAAGUGGCAGGCGUGGAGCGGCCUGGGAGACAUUAGUCAGGAUGAAGCACAGAAGCAGUAUAUAGACAUUAUCAAUGGUCUUGCAGGAGAAGAAUCACCUGCAGAGACAGAACAAGCAGGUGAAGAAGCCAGUAGCUACAAAGAGAUAAAAGUAACCAAGGAGAACAAAGUCUGCUCCAUCUUACUCAACAGGCCUGCUAAGAAGAAUGCUAUUACCUGGCUGAUGUACAAUGAAAUUGUCCAGGCAUUGGACGAUGCUAGCAAGGAUGACUCUGUCACUGUUGCUGUUAUAACAGGUGCUGGUGAUUACUACUGUAGUGGGAACGAUCUCGGAAACUUCAUGAACAUCGAUCCCAAGGACAUGCCUAAGAUGGCUCGGGAUGGCAAGGAACUGCUCAGGCGAUUUGUCACUGCCUUUAUCGACUUCCCCAAGCCCCUGAUUGGUGCUGUGAAUGGUCCUGCAGUGGGCGUGUCGGUCACCGUCUUGGGUCUGUUUGAUGCCGUGUAUGCUACUGACAAGGCUACAUUCCAUACCCCAUUCACCGAGCUCGGACAGAGUGCAGAGGGCUGCUCUUCAUAUGUAUUCCCCAAGCUCAUGGGUAAUACCAAGGCUAAUGAGAUGCUGCUCUUCAACAAGAAGCUGACUGCACACGAGGCAUGUGAGAGAGGCCUGGUGACCGAGGUCCUUCCUCAUGACAGCUUCCAGAAGGAGGUGCAAACUAGGGUGGAGUAUGUCGCCCAGCUUCCACCACAGUCUGUCAGGGAGGGAAAGAAGCUAGUACGGGACCAGGAACGAGAGGACCUGCACAAGGCCAAUGAAAAGGAGUGCGAGGUGCUGGAAGGGAGAUGGCUGUCAGAGGAAUGCGUGCGGGCUAUCAUGAGCUUCUUCACCAAGAAAGCUCGCUUGUGAUGGAACAAAUUCAUCCCAUGUUGAUGUAUAAUGUAUUGAACUACUUAACUGUAAUUUGGACCCAAAUUUUCGAAUGAACAGCACCAGUCUUUGUCAUUCCUUGAACAGUUACAUUUUUGUAAACUAGUUCAAUAAUGACUUCUACCAAGUUGACACAGAUGAACUUUCAAGUUCAGAUGUAUAAUGUAGUUUGCAUAACUGUGUGAGAUUUAAAUGAUUGGUGGACAGCUAACAUUCUUUGGCAACAAUAAAGCUGCAUAGACUAUGUUCUUGUUGCUCUGUACAUUUGCUUCAUUUAAGAAAAUAAUAUAUCAUGCAGACUGAAUAAAACAUGUCUGGGUUGUUA